UUUAUAUUACUUAUAUUAAAAAUUUAAAAUUUAUUUAAUAUUCAUGGAUCAAAUUACUAUACAUUGCAAAGACCAACGACAGAUCAAUUUUACAAAAUCCGUUUUAAGGGAACAUAGCAACAGAAUAAAAUUGGUGCUACUUCCUUAUGCAAACAAAACAUCAAUGUUCCUUUACUUACCAUACUCGUCGGAUAUUUUGCAACAAAUCAAAGAAUAUUUGGAAGAAGGACGAGAAACCAUAAUAUCGAUGAAAAAUGCAAUGGAUUUAUUUUGCGUAAGCAAACGAUUAGGCCUUCGUGAUUUAAAUAAAGUAUGUCGAAAUUUCAUGACCGAUCCGUCAAGAGUUAAGAACGUGUGUUAUGUAUAUGAGUUUGCAUGUCAACAGGACGAUGAAAGAUUAGAAUAUUUGUGUUGGAAUAUAUUAAGUUCGAAAUGGCAGGAAAUUUUCUCAUCGGAGGAAUGGCUGAACUGUGAAGCAACAACUAUUGGUAGACUCGUUCUCAGGCCAAUAAAUCGAUUUAUUGAGGAAGCAAAUAUCUUCACAAUAGUUUUAAAAUGGGCCAAGAAAAGAGUUAAUAAUGAAAAUUCUCUAAGGCAGGUGAUGAAACUAUUCCUUCAAUACAUACGAUUUCUGACAAUGCCAGAAUGGUUUCUUGAAUCUCAAGUGUUCGUUGAACCGAUCUUAACGGACGUAGAGAGAGAUGCAAUAAGAUGCUACUUGCAAAAUAAGGAUUUCGAUGAGACAUGGUUUAUUCCGGACGGUAUUUGUUCCAUUACAUGCCCAAGAAAGCACGAAUUGCUUUCUUCCUGGUUGUCUUAUGUGAAUCGAUGUGCAUACUUUAUUAACAGAGUAAAAAUAAUGACUGCAAAUAUUCGAUUUAUAUGCGACAUAGUUGUUAAGGAAGAUUGUUUUAUCAACAAAUUGCAUCUUCCUAUAACACAUUGCAGGGACGAAGGAAUAAGUGUAGAUUUGUAUUUUUAUACUAACUUGAUGUUUCGGAAGAAACUUCGUCUAGGAAACGAAUGUAGUACGAACGGAUGUAUUUUAUUGAAUGGUCGUCUACGAAUUCUAAAGUUUACAUUUUAUCGAUUGGUUGUUAGAAUUGUAGAGACAUACAUCAGUGCAGAAAAUAACAUUAGAAUCAGUUCUUCGGCAAAUUAUUAGAAUACAUUUGAAGGAAUUCAAAGUUUUAAAUAUUUGCAACCUAGAUUGAAAUUGCAUGAUGAAUUUGAGUGCAUCUAUUUCGAUGUCGUACUCGACUUUUGAAAACAGACACUAAAAUUCGAUUUCUUUUUUAUUAUAUA